AUGUACGGCGGCGGCGGCGGUGGCGCCGCCAACGCCAACUCGCUCUUCGGCGGCGGGGCUUCAUGCCCUCACAGUCCACGGAGAGCAGCGGCCUCUCCAAGGUCCUUCCUAAUCCCCCUCCCCUUUGUUAGGCUUGUUGGACGCAUGUUGAAUGAGGUUCAGCACGUCAGAGAUGUUCAAUUCACUCUUCAUGAUGGUGCCGGCAAGAUAGAUGUGAAUCGUUGGGAAAAUGAGUCUUCCGACGCUAAGGAAAUGGCUGAUGUCAAUGACGGGGACUAUGUUAUAGUCAAUGGCGGUUUGAAAGGUUUUCAAGGAAAGCGCCAUAUAGUUGCCUACUCUGUGCGACGUGUGACAGACUUCAAUGAAAUACCCCAUCACUUUCUGCACUGCAUUCAGGUGCAUCUAGAUCACACCAGGCCAAAGGCCCAAAUAAAUGCCAGUACGGCAACCCUUGGUCAUACUAACCAAGUUCGGCCCUUUAAUAAUCAGGCUGCAACAUUUUCUGCAUCAGGAAAUGCUGUUGGAAACAGCAUAUCUGACUUGGUCAUGAGUGUUUUUAAUGAUCCAGAAGCCAUGUCAAUAUGGAAGCUUUGAGAGCAGAACCUGUUGGUGAAUGUGAGACAAAAGUAUCUAGUGUGCAGGUUAUGUCCCAAGUGCUCUCUAAAAACAGCUCAAAUGUUUUCCUCAAGAGUGUUGGUAUCAAACCAGUGUCAUCCUCCAAAGCAUCUGCAUCAAACGAAAGUGAGCUUCGGGAGCAACUAGCAACUGAAGCUAAGGCUGUUGUACAAGGUGAGCUUGAUGAUCUCAAGAGGAGAAGUGAAGAAGCCGAGGAAUGGUUGGCGAGGACACAGACGGAGAUAGAGGAGAUGAACAGCAAGGCAAUGGAGGAGAACAAUGCGCUACUCAAGUGUAUCUUGUCCAUCAACAAUGCUUCUUCGACAUGAGAGCUGCUUAGCUGCUGGUAGUAGGACUGACUAGGAACUGUAGCUACUGGUGCUUGGCAUCCUGCUGAUUUUGAUUUUGCAAUGACUUGUGUUCUGGUGGUUUGCAAAUGUUCUAUUUAAACCAAGUGUGUGGUGAACUUAGUUGCUAGUGAACCGAGUGUAGCAGUGAUAAUUAAGUUAUGAGUAAUGAAUAUU